AUGCAGUUCAUUAACUCUGCACCUGCCCCACUCCGAAGCAUCGAGUUCAUUGGCAACUCGCUGACGGAUGAAAUGUUUGAUAGUCUUUGUCAUGCACUUAAAGAACAGGAAACGCUCUCGUCAUUGCAAACCGUUGAUUUAAUGGACAACCACCUCGGCCCGAGCCGGGCCCAUCGCCUUAUUUCCAAUCUAGAAGUUUCAACCGCGAAGGAGAUUCGACUGCGGUUCAACAACAUUGGCAAGGAAGGUUGCGACAGUCUCGCGAGUGUGGUGAACAUAUCGCCUUGCAUACAAAUGAUUGACAUUCGCGGGAACAAGUUAGGGGUGGGGGAGGUGCGGAAGCUAUUCAAGGCGAUUGGGACCUCGACCACCGUAACCCACCUCAACGCCAACCACAACAAACUAGGCGCGGAAGGGGUUGAGCUGGCCGCGCGCUGCUUCGCGAGGGCCUCUUUGGAAUUCCUGGACCUUUCCCUGAAUGACAUCGGCCCGACCGGGGCCCGCCACCUCGCGGCCCUCCUCGCCAACCCGUCCCUGACGCUGCGGCGGGUUCUGCUGUAUGGCAACCGCCUGGGCGAGGCCGGGAUGGGCCACGUCUGCGACGCCCUGCGGGCAAACCGCGAGGUCCUCCAACUCACCCUGGGCUGCAACGACGCCACGGACGCGGCGGCCGAACGCGUCGCCGACAUGCUCGCGCGCAACGAGACGAUACUGGAGCUCGAUCUGCGCCUGAACACCUUCACCGCCGUGGGGGUGCAGAAGAUCGCGGUCGACGGGUUGGCGAACAACUGCUUUCUGCAGUCGCUCUGUCUUUCGGGUAACCCGCUAGGCGCGAAGGGAGCGAGCGGGUUGGCGGAGGCUCUCUUGUUGAACACGCGCAGUGCCGUCGAGCGGCUCGAUCUCAGCUCCUGCUCGUUAGGGUCCUCGGGCGGCUUCCAUAUCGCUAGAUUCCUCUGCCGGUCGAGGGCACUAAAGGAGCUCAACCUGUCCGACAAUCAACUGGACGAUGAAAGCGCGUCGGCCAUCGCACAGGCCACAGCAAACAGCAUCUCGAUAUCCAUACUUGAUGUGUCCAUGAACGCGUUUGGUGAACCUGCUGCUCUGUGCUUUUUAGAGGCCGUCAAAAUGAAUCCCCAAUUGUAUAGUCUAAUUCUGGACGGCAACCGGGCGAGCCGAGCAACGCAAAAUAUGUUGAGGACCACCCUUGAUGAAUGGUUAGAAAAGAACCGGGCUGAAAAGCAAGGCAAUUUUCCAUGUGUAAAUGGAAUCUGUGAAAUACCAACGAACAUCAAAGAUGGUUAA